AGUUCUUCAGAUGUACAGAUAGCACCAAAAUGGUUGAGAAGACUUGCAAAGGUGAAUACAUUAUAUAUCAAGGUGGAGAUAUAAAUAAGCCAACAAUUGAAGAAAGAAAAUGGGAAAAUAAUGAAUUCAAUUUUGAUGAUGUUGCCAAAGCAAUGUUAACUCUUUUUACUGUUUCUACUUUUGAAGGAUGGCCAAAAUUGCUGUAUGUAGCAAUAGAUUCUCAUGCUGAAAAUAUUGGUCCUAUAUACAACUACCAGCCAGUUGUUGCAAUUUAUUUCAUUGUUUAUAUCAUCAUCAUUGCAUUUUUUAUGGUGAAUAUUUUUGUUGGUUUUGUGAUUGUUACUUUUCAAAGUGAAGGUGAACAAGAAUAUAAGAACUGUGAACUUGAUAAAAAUCAGUCUUUCAACUUAUCUAAAUGCUCACUAAUGUCAUAUAAGAAGAUAGUGCUCAAAAAACGUCUUCUAGCUGCUCAGAAUCCACUUUCUCAUGCAGAUAGACCUCAUCAAUUGUUUGCCGAUGCACCUCCACCACCGUGUGCACCAGUGGUAGCACCAAUGGCUGCACCACCACCGCCGCCACCACCAAUGGUUGGACUUCCUCCUCCGCCAAUGACAGUGGUUACAUCUGACGUUAAUGAUAUGGCAAUUGCUCUCAGCCACGUAUCUUUCUUCCCAGUUUCAAAUGAAAAUUAUUUUGGUGAUGCUUGGAAUGUAUUUGAUUUCAUCAUUGUUCUUGGUAGCUUUAUUGAUAUUGUUUAUUCUGAAGUCAAUCCAGGAACAAAUAUCAUUAGUAUCAACUUUUUUCGUCUGUUUCGUGUGAUGCGUCUCAUAAAACUUUUGAGUCGAGGAGAAGGCAUUCGCACAUUAUUAUGGACAUUCAUCAAAUCAUUUCAAGCACUUCCGUAUGUCGCACUUCUUAUAGUGAUGUUAUUUUUUAUAUAUGCUGUUAUUGGUAUGCAGGUUUUUGGAAGAAUUGCUUUAAACCCCGAAUCACCUAUUAAUAGAAACAAUAAUUUUCAAACUUUUCCUCAAGCAGUUCUAGUAUUAUUUAGAAAUUGUCCAACACAGGAACAAGAUUUUGGGUAUGAAGAAUAA